CCGCGGCUCCCUCCCUCCCCCCUCCCGGCUGCGCUCGCUCUGCUCCGCCCGGCAGCGGGGCCGGCCCGUGGCGAGGCGGCGCCGGGACCCUGCCCAGCCCGGAGCGGGAGCGGAGCUCGGCCGGGCCGGGCCCGCUGGAGAAGCCCCGCCCGCCGCCCCGGGGGGGCCAUGGCCGAGCGGGCCGCUGCCCAGGCUCCAGAGUGGGCCCCGGAGUCAAAGCGCCCGAUGCCGUUCCAAUCCCGCUCUGACCCCAGACAGACGUCUGCGAGAGAGAGCCGGCUGCAACCGGCAGAGCUUUCCAUGUGGCCUGCAGUAGCUGCAAUCCAAGCUGUGGACAGGACGGUGGAGUCCCAUGCCACACGGUUGCUGACUCUGGAGAGCAGAGUGGGAACAGCAGAGAAGAAAUUAGUUGAUUGUGAGAAAACAGUGAUGCAAUUUGAAAGCCAGCUGGAGAGUAAGUGGGCGGCGCUGGGAACUCUGAUCCAGGGGUAUGGACGGCUGCAGAGGAGGCUGGAGAACAUGGAGAACCUGCUGAAGAACAGGAACUUCUGGAUCCUGAGACUUCCCCCAGGCAGUAGGGGGGAGGUCCCCAAGGUGCCGGUGACGUUCGACGAUGUCUCCGUCUAUUUCAACGAGCAGGAGUGGGGGAGCUUAGAGGAAUGGCAGAAGGAGCUUUACAAGAACAUGAUGAAGGGGAAUUAUGAGGCCCUGAUCUCCCUGGAUUACGCCAUUUCCAAACCUGACCUUCUGUCCCGGAUUGAACGAGGGGAGGAGCCGUGUGUGGGGGAUCAGGGUCGUUCAGAGGAGAGCGAGAUCCCUGCAGACCCCGGCCCAGAAUCCCCCGUCUCUGCACCAGCCAUUUCAUUGUGGAUUAACCAGGAGGAGGAUCCGGGCUGCGGGGGCCGAGGGGACUCUGGGGAAAAGGAAAUCAGUGGAAGCCCCUGCUCUGAGUUUCAGGUUGUCCCCCCCGAUGCCGCGUCCUGGGUUAAACGAGAGGAUGAGCCGUGUGCGCAGGAUCGGCCGGUCUGUGGAGAAGGCAGAACCCCUGCAGGCCCCAGCCCUGAAUCUCCUGCUCCUGCGCCUGCCCGUUCCCCCUGGGUUAAACCGGAGCCGGAGCCAGAGCCGGGUGCUGGGACUCUGCCGGCGUUGGAGCAAAGGGGGCUCCCUGGAGAGCCCAGCGCAGGUGACGAGAUCCUGCUCCAACGUGCGGAGGAGCAUCAUGCGGAGGAGGGCGAGGACCCAGGCCCCCCCGGGGCGGUUUGUGCAACGUCCAAAGGGACCGUGGUCAAGAGCCCCUGCGAGGGCCCUGCGGCUCGGCAGAGAAGUGGCCUGGGGAGGUCGGCUCAGGGCAAGAGGGGCACGGGGGAGCUCACAGCAGCCGGGGGCCAGCAGAGAGCCGUGGGGGGUGAGCGGCCUGGCCCGUGUCCCGAGCGUGGGAAGUGCUUGGGGCAGAAGCAGUCGCUGCUCAGCCCCCAGAAGAGCCUGUUGGCGGAGAAGCCGGCCAAGUGCAGGGAGUGCGGCAAGCGCGUCGGCCGGAUUCAGUGCUGCCUCCAGCACCAGCACAUGCCCCCGGGCAAGCUGCCCUUCACCUGCGCCGAGUGCCGGCAGCGCUUCCGCAAGAAGCGGCCCCUGCUCUUCCCCCACGAGCCGCACGUGGCCGAGCCGCCCUUCUCCUGCCCCGCCUGCGGCAAGGCCUUCAGCCAGCGGGACACGCUCCUGGCUCACCAGAAGACCCACCUCUGAGAGCACAAGUCCGUGUGCGCUGCCUGUGGCCAGGGCUUUGUCCCCGAGGAGUAAACGCAGCACCGGUGGGUGCACACCAUGGGGGGCUGCCCCACAGGGCAGGAGGAGCUUCGCCCACCUGUGCCACCUGGCCAUGCACCAGUGGGUCCCUCCAAGGGCUUUCCCCACCAGGACAGCCCGGCAGAGCACCAGAGGACUCGUCUCCUGCAUGAGGCUGCCGAGGGCACCGCAGGGCUGGCAGCAGGGAGCCGGGGCCUCUCAGGCUGCACUGGCCUGAGCUGGGCUUGGCGAACCAACCCCCUAUUGUGCCCACAUGACACGUCUUACAUCCCACCCGU